AUGAUUUUUCCAAAUGAGUUGCAAAUACAAAUUUUAACUGAUCUUAUUGCUAUAUCAAAUUUCGAAUAUUUUUGUACUCUUCGAACUGUUUGCAAAAAAUGGAAUAUAUUCAUUCCUCCAAUAACGCAUGAAGCCGUUAUUUCUAGAUUAAAAUCUUUUGAUUUAAAGCUUGGGUUUACGGACUGGGACGAAACAAAAUGGUCUAAAGAAUUUUUACCAACCUAUGACGAUCAUACCAAGACUUUUACUUUUUUAGUUGAUAUUAAUUACAUAAAUUUUGAUUGGGAAAAUUGGAAAAAAUUUGCUCUUGGGCCUCAAACGAUUGAUUUCAUAGUAUUCGUUGAAAAAACAAAUUUAUUAACUCUGAUUAAAAUUAGUACUAAAUUUAGUAAUUUAGUUAAGCCUGCAUUUAAAAGUGAUAAUAUUUAUAAACAUGAUUUUGAUCAUAAAAAUAACGUGUGUUUCAAACGUGUAAUUAAAACCAAGUAUGUUUGUUAUUACAAACUUUAUUGUUUGACCAUUGCGGCUUGGAAACUUUAUUAUAUUUUGGAUUAUAUUGAUGAAAUUGAAAAAAGAUUUUCAAAUUUUUCUAAAGAUUUUAUGAGACACAUCCUUGUAAUUUAG